UAGCACGCAGACGCAUUUCAUCGGUGUUUGAUUAUUCUAGACUAGAUUUCGUGCUAGACAGUUCUAUCGGAGUUUACACGAAUUUAGAAUGAUUUAUUUUCUGUAGAUAUAAACUUACAAUUCAUUCCACAAAUUGUGGCAUUUGGCAGGAUGUCAGGAUGGCAAGUGGCCCUGGCUUGCCAGACAGCCUGGUGCUGGAGAUCUUCUUGCAUCUUCCUCACAAGGCGGUGCUGAGCGCUGGCCUUACAUGUCGUCAGUGGUUCGCUGUAUCACGAGAUGAGUUUCUCUGGAGGGAGCUCUUCUACAACUACUACCGCAUCCCACGCUCUGUGCCCAGGCACCCAGCGGCUUUGUCAUGGUACAGGGAGUUUAAGCGGUUGUAUGACUGUAUCCCCUGUGUGGAGGUUCAGACUUUAAAGGAACAUCAUGACCAGGUCUUACAUCUGGCCUUCUCUCACCGUGGGCACCGCUUCUCCUCCUGUUCCAAAGACUGCACUGUUAAGCUGUGGGACACAGAGCGUCCAGAUGGCACCAUCUCUUUGGUUCACAGUUCCAGCAUGCGGCAUUUUAACUGGGGCUACACUCAGUUCUCCCAGUUUAAUGCUGAUGACACACUCCUGCUGGUCUCAGGGGUUUACCUGGGCCCACAUCACUCCUCCUCCGGAGAGAUCGCAGUCAUUAGUUUGGAGAACUACACCCUGCUGUCUCGUGUGAGAAAUAAGCCCUACGAUGUGUUCGGCUGCUGGCUGAAUGAGACUCAUCUCAUCUCUGGUAACUUGCAUUGGAUUGGCAACAUGACCUCCUGCACUGUGCUUUGGCUCAACAAAGCCUUCCAGGACAUUGAGUCAGAAAAUGUGAAUGUGGUGAAGCGUCUCUUUAAGAUCCAAAACAUUAAUGCCAGCACCAUCCGCACAGUGAUGGUCGCCCACUGUCGUCGUCAUGAUUCACCGGACCUGCUUCUGGACUACGAAGCUCAAUCACAGGCUCAGGCCCAGCAGACACAACAGCACCAGCCUUUGCUCUUUGAUCUGGGGAGCACAGACAGUGAAGAGGAGGAGGAUGAAGAUGAUGAGGAUUAUGUGGAUGAGGAGCGAAAAGACAAGAGAGUCUCUGCACAUCUGCCCUCAUUUAACCCUUCUGGAUUGCAGCAUGUUAUACACGGACGUAAGAACACCGCAGCCCAUGAGCGUGAGUUAGAGGCGCAUGUGGCAAAGCUAAUGGGCAGCAGGCGCACCAAAGCUCCCGAUCCAAACCUGGUGUCUCCAUCUGCUCCUGGAGGAGAAGAAGAAAAGACCUACCUCCUCUUCACCACAGGCAGCCUCACCUACUCCCCUCACCAAAUAGGUAUUAAGCGUAUAAUGCCUGAACAGAUGACGACUUGUGGGCCCGUCUUGGGAGAGGAGCGCAGCACAGAGGAGUUCUUUGACUCGCUGGAUCAUGUGAUCGACAUACAUGGUCACAUCAUUGGCAUGGGACUGUCACCUGACCACAGGUACUUGUAUGUGAACAGUCGAGCGUGGCCAACAGGCUGUGUGAUAUCAGACCCUAUGUCCCCUCCACCUAUCGCAGAAGAGAUCGACCUGCACGUGAUAGAUCUGAAGAGUCUAAGAGAGGAGCGCCGCAGCCUUCGAGCCCACCGGGCUUUCACUCCGAAUGACGAAUGCUUCUUCAUCUUCCUCGAUGUCAGCAGGGAUUUUGUUGCCAGUGGAGCGGAGGACAAGCACGGUUACAUCUGGGACCGGCACUACAACAUCUGCCUGGCGCGUCUGCAGCACGACGACGUGGUCAACUCUGUAGCCUUCAGCCCAGCGGACCAGGAGCUGUUGCUGUCUGCCAGCGACGAUUCCACCAUUAAAGUAUGGCGCUCACCACGCAUGGUGCGACUAGGACAGAGCCCACAGCGGUCUCACAGGGCUCGAAAACUUCUCUCCUCCCUGUUCGGCCACAGAAGUGCUCAUUUGAACGGUAAGCCUUGACCUGAUCACAUGACAAAAAAGGCUUUGUCAUGGAGGCUGUGAAUUAAGACACUCCAUGGGACAUUAAUGAGGUAAAAAAACUUGAAACGUUUGACUUGACUUCCACAUGGGUCUGUACGUGUGUUUCUAAUGGACCUCCAGUAGGAUGCACCACAGCCACACAAAUCAUAAGCUUAUGGAAAUUGCACUUCUGUUUAUUUGUUUACAGCAGAAGACUGAGAAUUUGUGGAAAAACCUUAAGUUAAUGAAUAUGAUAUUCAUCCUUAUGUGUCACGUGUAUUUUAUGUCCAUGUAACACAGAUAUGGAAAAUGAUGUGCCACCAGUGCACAUCUGUACAUCAUUUAUUUGGGGAAAGGGUGUGUGGCAUUUUUGGCUCUUGGUUUUCAGAUAUCUGGACCUAGUAUUUGUUUUUUGAACUAGAACAAACAGAACAUGUAUGGUCAGGAUAUUUAAUGGCAAGGAAAUCAAAGCUUUGCUAAAACUGUGCAACACGGUUGUGAUUGUUGUUUUAUCUAUAGUCCUAUAAACAGUACUUCAUUUACCUGUGUCAUCAUAUGAUGUUCUUUACCAUAUAGCAUACACAUUCAGCAAAGGUGCUCAUUCUUAACAACCUUGGAUGUCAUGAGGAAGAGAAUAAGAGAGUUCUCCAAGCCUUAUAUUAUGUCUAUUUGUGAAGCUCAGAUGUAAUAUCUGUUACUUGUUUGUUAUGGAGUAUAACCUUCUUUUGGCUUUCUUAAGAUUUUAUUUGUGCACAUCAGGCAAUUUUAUUUGAUGGACCACAGUGCCCAGCAAAAAGUGUAGUUGUGAGUGGAUCAUUAGCAGUUAAAUGGACCUGGUUUUCUUGGUCUUCUCUUUUGACUUUGUUGCUUUUUGGCCCAGUUGCUCUUUGCCACGUUAGAUCUUGUAUUGUGGUGUAAAAUCGGUUUUACUUAUUAAACUCUUUUUCUUUUACCUAA